UCUUUUCUCAAUAAUCUGUUCGACGAUCGGGAAUAAAAUCACUUUGGGCGUGAUAGAUUUGAGAGGUCGGAAUCUGAUAGUUGGGAUAGGAGAAUGCAAUGGACGAGGGCACAAGUGAUCGUGCUGACAAAAGGCAUCGAACGUUCCAUAAUAAAAUUGGAUGGUCCUCUUACAAUAAAUCUUCCUCGGACACCGAGCUAGCACAGAGUAAAAAGAAAAAUCGAAAGAGGAAUAAAUCGAAGGAAAUAUGGCCUUUGCUGGAAGGACUGACAGUGGACGAGUUGGCUCGUUAUCGAAGAAGGCGUGUACAGGGACAACCAAAGGACAAUCUUCGACUUUACAUCGAGAUUGAAAACGAAGAUCUCGUGUCCGAAUAUCGUCAAGCUUUUCGCGCGAGAAGCGAAGAAUCCCUCGAGGAAUGUGUCUGGCCUCAAAAUCUUGGGACAAAAGAAUUGAGUGAAAGCGGGCAAGUUUUAGUUCGAAAAGACGUAAGGGAACGAGAGAAAAUAAAUCCGAUUAAAAAUAAAACGAGCGAGAUCAAUGAUGAUAAUAAUACGAUGGAGACCGAACCUCUUACCAAUUCUCUUAAACGAAAUUCUUUGAGCAAAAGGGAUACCAGUUUCAAACGUGAUAGUGAAUUAUACACAGAUACGGAAACUUAUUCGUCGUACGUGGCUUACGAAGGUCGACAUAAACCUGACCUAGCUCGUAGAUCCACAUCUUUAAAAAUGGAAGGUGAUUUGGAAACAACUACCGAAAAAUGUGAAAAAUUCAUCCAAUGGUUGAACGUUAGUCGACCGGAACUUAUACGUGUACCUACACAUUUAAAACUCGAAGGUGAAUUUGAAACAACAACGGAAAAUCAGGAAAAAUACGUACCGUUUAUAGGUGUGCGAAGACCAGAAUUGUUAAGGCAAAAUACCAAUUUAAAAUUAAAUGGCGAGGCUAAUUUCGUGCCAGAAUAUACCGAUAUGUUUAAGAAACACGAUAAUAAAGAACGUCCACACCCUGUAAAACCCGAAACUCAUCUAAAAUCUGGAAACUUAUUUUUUGAAAAUACACAGGACAUUGUUAAUUUUAUCGAUCCUAGUAUCGAGGAAACACGAUUGACGCACGAAUCGAACAAAGAUUCCGAAAAAGAGAAAAAAAGAAGAAAGGAGUUAAUUGAGAAACAGAGGAAAGACGAGGAGAUGAAAAUAUUGGUUUCAAAGUUAGAAGAUCUAAAGACUUCACCACUUGAAAUCCCGGAAUAUAAAGAUGCAUAUAAGGAUUUCCCAAGAGAAAGACCUAAAAUUAUAAAGCCAGAAGAUGAAAUUGGACGAGCUGAUGGAUCAAAAAUACUUUCCUCUCCUACAUUAAAAUUUUUAAGAAAAAUUGAUCAAGAUCCAGAAUACAAAUCGAAAUACUUAGAUUAUCAAAGAGAUCGAAAAUCACCAUUACCUUCAAGAUCAACAUUCAAUUCUUCGCAAUAUGGUGUACGUUUUGGAAGACAAGAUUGCAAACGAUACGAUCACGAAAUUACCAGCGAGGUACGAGCUCAAUACAUUCCUUACGGUCAUAUACCAAGAAUCGAAAGUUUAAAAAUGCCUGCCAACUUACGCCUAGAAGGUAAUCUUGAUCUUGAACCGGAAUAUAAAAGUGCUUAUUGCGUAAAACGUGAAAAUCAAUUACAAGCCGAUCAGAGAAUGCAUUGUAGACGAGAUCGUAAUUUAAGCGCUUCUAGACGAAAAGAAAAUUAUUGGAUAAGUAAUAAUUCAGAACAAUUUGGAAUCAUAAAUGCUGCUCAAGAUCAAGGUGCGUUUCAAAUAUUAAAUACGCGAGUUCAUGAAGAUAAUGUCUGUGGAAAACCACCAUUAAGUAAUCGAAGGGGAUCAAAAUCUUCGCAAAUGCAUGUCCAAAAACAAAUGCAAUCAAAUAUAACGGAAAAUAAUAAAAUAAAACAUAGAUCGACUAGUCCAACAUAUCGACUUCAUGUUUGUAAUGUCGAUGAGCCAAGAGGUUUCCGACAUAGACAUUCGCCAUCAUUUCAGUCUUCCGGAAGAAUACAUGAUUCUUCAUCGAAUUGUGUACUUCAAACUAACAUUAUUAGACCAUAUUCUCCUAGUUUUGGUAAAAAUACAAAACAACUCAUCGACGGUCAAUCAUUUGUUGUUUUGGAUAAUGAAACUUUUGAUAAGAAUAAAAAUGAAAUACGCAGAAAACAAACAGAUCAAAAUUAUAAUAUUGAUGGUACAUUGUCUAUUUUUAAAAAAAGAACAAAACCUUCAACAAAUUGGAUGCCACCAUGGUAUGAUAGUACAAAUUCUAUUUAG